GUGCUGACUGGGCGAGUGGGGAAUUCCAGCAACAUCUCAGUGAACCUGGCCAGUGAAGGAAGGAACAAACACAGUUGAUAAGUUGCUUGUUAAGGAGAAACCCGCCUUAUCAAAUCCUGGCUUAUACAUCCACAUUCUUUUGAUUUCCUUUUUUGCUCUGAAACGUCUCAUGGUGAUGCUCUAGCUUUUGGGGUUCUUUCCUUCUCCCUCGGAAGCGGCCCAGACCUCAAAUCUCUCACCACCUCAUAUAGGUUCAUUUCAAACCCCUACCUUUCCAUCUAGGCUUCUCGAAAAGAGAGGCGAUCUGCAAUGGCUGGCAGAGUGACGGGGUUAAGCAGACACCAAAAGCCACCGCCACUUCUCUCCCAAACUCGUGGUUGUGAAAAGCGAAAGCUUGAACAGCAACCUGACGAUGUCAACGCUCUACCUAUGUCUUCCGAAGAUGAGGUAGAAGACGAUAUACCCUCAGCCGCGGAUUUCAAUCUGAGACCAAGUGGCUCUCAGAACCAAACGCCCAUCGAGCAGUCUGAUGAUUCCGAACCAGAAACUUCAGCUCGUGGAAAUAUCAAACGCACAGCCUUCAACAACCCGAGUAGCAGUAAAGGUCGUAGGAAUGUCACUCGGAAGGUGAAUCAGAAGGAAGAAAAGGGAUCGACAGCUGAAAACCAUACGGAAACGUCUUCCUCGACCGUGAAGCGAAGGAAACUUGGCGGCAAAUCCGGGGGUGGCUUAACAAGUCAAUUCAAAGACAAUUGGGGAUUUACCAAUACAGGCAAUAGCAAAGCGAAAUACGGGAGCUCACAGCCUCGAGGAUCGCAAGCUCCUGGUGGCUCGCAAAGUUCUCAAGUAAAGAAAGGGAAGUUAAAGGUUUCAAAGGGCGAGCUUAUACAUGAGAAGACAGAAGAAGACGACUUCUUACAUAGCUCCCAGACGGAAGAAAAGCCGACCUUCAAACCUGUUUCACAAGAAUCUUUCAGUAGUCCAACGAAGUCGGGGGUCGCUUUGAGGCCUGUACCCAAGGAUGACUUGGGGACCCCCAGAAAGGGAGGGAGGAUAGAAACAAAAUUCACAAGCCGUGGUCUAUCUGCUACUCCAACAAAAAGCCAGGUAGUGCACGCCACUAAACUUUCGCAAAACGACACUCGCAGGUCACGCUCGUCGUCUCAGAAUCGAACGGGCGUCUGGAAACCGCAAUACCCCCCCAAAAAACCAGUGGACCGACCUAGAACGCCCGAGUACAAGCCAGCCACAUUUGUUGCCCCAGCCGAGAUUGAUGGCAUGCAGACCAGCAAUAACGAUAUAGGGAGCUUAUCAUCGCCAGUCUUAUCAGAUCUAGAUGAGCUCAGCGAUACGGAAACGAUCAAUGAGGCGCCCUUCGAAGAUGAGAAUAGCAUGGAAGAUAGAAUGACGAAAUGCCCGUGGUGUGGGGACCUGGUAUCGGAACAGGCACUUAAGGAUUAUUCCAAGGGGAAGAGGCUGAAUGUGCAGAUGCAAACAAGGUUCUGUGCUAAACACAAGAAAGAAACUGCCAUGGAGACAUGGCGUGAAAGAGGCUAUCCUCAUAUUGACUGGGGCCGUCUUGAAGGCCGGCUGGAUGACCAUCGAGCAUACUUGGCCAAAAUCGUUCAUGGAAAACACUCUUUUUUCCGUGAUGUUCUGGCAGAAAAGAUCGAAACAGGUCAGGCCAGGUCACUCAAGAAGGAGGGGAACCUCAACCCAGGUUACUAUGGCCCAAGAGGCUGCAAGCUUAUGUGCGAUUACCUUGUGGAGGAGUUCGGUGAAUCGUUGAAAGAGAAUGCCACAAAAGAUCGUGUCAUCGCUGGUCGUGGCUCGGCGGCUUUUAUCCAGUCGGUGUUGGUUGCUGAACUUGCUGUACAAUUGAUAAUGGAGGAUAUGGAUGUGUCUGCCUGGGAGGCUAGAGAGAUUAUGGAGGAGAGCAAGGCUCUUGGGGAGCUGAUCCAUGAAGAAACAUGACAUCUGAAUGUGAGAAUUCAACCGGCAAAUAGAUAUCUUUACAUAUUUUACAUCAAGAAUCUACAAUGCUUAUGCCCCUUG